CGUUGAGUGGUGACAUUUGCGGACGAAGACUGAGUCUCAUUUCAUCGUUAGCUUGUUAUGAAGACCCCAUCUCCACUAACGUGCCGUAGAAACGCGGUGGCUGUCUCGUCUCUAUGGGUACAGGGGGGAGAACUGUUGACGACGCCGCCGCUGCCGCCGCAGCUACGCCCAUCCUGCAGCAUCAUCUCGUCCAUGGCUCCGUCGAUUACAAGGGCCAACCUGCCACCAGAUCCAGAUCCGGCCGGUGGAGAUCUGCUUCUUUCAUCAUAGUUGUGGAGAUGGCAGAGAGAUUUGCUUACUACGGGAUAGGUUUGAACCUGAUAAGCUAUCUGACUGGCCCGCUGGGCCAGUCCACUGCCACAGCCGCGGAGAACGUGAAUGCCUGGACAGGAACGGCGUCUCUUUUGCCUCUCUUGGGUGCAUUUUUGGCCGACUCUUUUCUCGGUAGAUACUGGACCAUAGUCAUUGCCUCCUUACUCUAUGUCGUGGGGCUUGGCUUCCUAACUCUAUCAGCUGUGCUUCAUUCAAAGUCUUUCAAUUGCCAAAACGCUAUAGAUGGUGGCAAAUGCUCUCCUCCUAAGCUUGAAAUUAUCUUCUUUUUCUUUUCUCUUUAUAUGGUUGGACUAGCUCAAGGUGGGCACAAGCCUUGUGUGCAAGCUUUUGGAGCUGACCAAUUUGAUACCCAAGAUCCACUAGAGAAUAAAGCCAAAAGUUCAUUUUUCAACUGGUGGUAUUUUGGAAUGAACUUUGGUAUUUUUGUGGCACUAUUGGUUCUGACCUAUAUACAAGACUACCUUAGUUGGGGCCUUGGGUUUGGAAUCCCUUGUAUCAUCAUGGGCCUUGCACUGAUUACUUUUUUAUUUGGUACUGUUACUUACCGUUUUCGACAAUACAGCGAUAAUAAAAACCCAUUUGUGAGAAUCGGACAUGUGUUUGUUUAUGCUACAACAAAUCGCAAAGCUAGCACAUCUGAAGUAUUAAUGGAGCUUGAGGUUCAAGGCGUUUUGCCAAACAAAGGGUCUCAACAAUUCAUGUUCCUUAACAAAGCACUACUUGUUCCUGAUGCUUCAAAGGGAUACAAGAGAGCUUCUAGCAUGGAUGAGGUUGAAGAGGCUAAGGCAAUUCUCAGACUGGCUCCAAUAUGGGCUACAUGUUUGGGAUACGCUCUUGUGUUUUCACAGACUUCCACCUUAUUCACCAAGCAAGGAGCAACCAUGGAUAGAUCUAUUGGUUCUAAUCUUGAAGUACCAGCCGCUGCAUUUCAAUGUUUCAUCUGCAUUUCCAUAGUUGUAUUUAUGCCUCUAUAUGAUUGCGUGUUGGUUCCUUUCGCAAGAGCUCUAACCGGUCGACCAUCGGGUAUAACAAUGCUCCAAAGAAUUGGGACCGGGAUGGUUUUUUCCAUACUGUCCAUGGCGAUUGCAGCUAUAGUUGAGAAGAAACGCCUUCGGGCUGCUUUCGACAAUGGGUUGGUUGACAGGCCAGGGGCAACCCUUCCCAUUAGCGUGUGCUGGUUAAUACCUCAGUACACAUUAGUUGGUAUUUCUGAAGCAUUUAGCAUGGUUGGUCUGCAAGAGUUUUUCUACGAUCAGAUGCCUUGUGAAUUGAAAAGCAUAGGCCUCUCUUUGUACCUCAGUAUCUUUGGGGUCGGAAGCUUCUUAAGCACCUUUCUGAUUUCGAUCAUUGACAAAGCCACUAGCAGAGGCGGGGGAGACAGUUGGUUUUCCAACAACUUGAACCGCGCGCAUCUUGACUACUUCUAUUGGCUUCUUGCUGGACUAAGCACGGUUAUCUUUGCCGGAUACCUGUACUAUUCCAGAUUGUACAUCUACAAAAAAGCAAAUAUCGUCUGAAAGAAAGGCUUGGAAAUUCAAGUGAAUGUCAUUUGCACGUGUAUAUUAUUGCAGUGUUAGAUUAUACUUGCUGGUUUAGUUUUAUUGCAGUGUCAUUUACACAUCUCAUGUUUGAAUACUUUGCUCUCAUGGUCGUUUUUACUGGUCAGCUCUCUUGUACGGACUGUCGCUUUUGUUGGUGAUUAUAGCAAAGUUACUUAUGGGUACCCU